AUGAGGGAUGAUAAUUCAAAUUUACAAUCUAAGGAGGUAGAAAGUGAUCCGGCCACUUCUUUAUCAUCAUGGUUACUUUGCUUAGAAGAAGAUUUAGAUAGUGAAAUAUAUGUAAUAUUACGUGAUAGUAGGCAGUUCAAAGGUAUAUUUCGAAGUUUUGAUCAGUAUGGGAGCUUAUGCCUAGAAGCAGUCUAUGAAAUAAUUAGCAAUAGUAAACAGGAAUAUACCCAGAUAUAUUUAGGCUGCAUGAUAUUUCGUGGUGACAGCUUAAUGUUGUGUGGAUUAAUUGAUGAAUAUGCUGCUCCAUUUAAUGCUAUUAGGAAACCAUUGGUAGAUAUAUUGAAAGAUAAUGAAGAUAAUAAACUUAGAUGUAUUAAAAAGGAAUCCAGCGUAUUUGAAUGGGUACCUGAUGAGACAAUCUAG